AUGUCAUAAUACCAAAGCAAUGAUCCAUAUGAAUUGUAUAAUGAACACCUAAUUAAUUUAGUUUACAUUAUUGUAAUGAUUAAGAUUAACAGAUUUAUGAUCUAAAUAAAUUAUUCAUAGAAAAUCUUGUCAUAUAUGAUGUUAAAUAUUAGGUAAAAUAAAUUAUUGAUUUAUUCUAGAUUCAUCAUCAUAAGACAGUAUUAUAAAUUUUUAAUGAAUAGAAUCAACUCAUCAAAACUUUAUGGGGUAAUAUCUAUUUAUUGAAAUUCUAGGUUUUUAAGAUGUUUAAUUUCCCACUCAAUCAAAUUUAGAAUAAAUAAUCAAAGAAUCUAUUGAAAAUAAUUUAGUUGUAAGAUUAUUAUAAUAAAUUUAGUAAACUGUAUAUAGUUAGACUUAUCCUGGAGGUUAAUUGUUUAAAAUUGGAUAUUAAAAAGAAAUUGAUGCUUGGUUAAUCUAUUGUAACAAUCUUACAAUUGCAGCCUAAAUAUCUGAUGAUUUAUCUGAAUUCUCAUUUUAAAAAUUUGAUGCAGCAGUUUAAGUAGCUGAAUUAUGGUUUAAUAUUUUGAAUCAACGUAAAUAAAUUUCCUUAUUUUUUUAGUCACCGAAGAAAGAAUCAAUAAUUUGAAAUUUGAUUUCCAUAAUCGUACAGUAUAUGGACAUAUAAUAAAUCAAGAAUCUUUAAUAUAUCAUCCUGAUGACAUCCUUUAAUUCAUAGGCAUUCUUGAUGUCAAUUUUGAAUAAGCAUAAUAAUUAUUUUGUUUUUAUGGAUUGCCUCAUCCCAAAACAUCAUAAUUUAAAUUACAAUUAAAAGUCUUAUAAAAACAUAUAGAAAGAAUUUAAAGAAGUGAUAUUGAAUUAGAAUCAGCUGGAGUUAUUCUAUAUUUCAAUGAUUAAUAUUAUCUUGUUCAUACAGCUGAAUAUUUAAUUUACAAACACAUUUAAUCAAUGUUAUUGAAUGAAUAACAUAUAGAAAAAGAUUUUAAAUAAUUUGUAAAAUCUUUAUAAGUCAAACCUCCUAGACCAUUUAAGUUUUAUCAAAACAUCUAUGAAUAAGGUUUAAAAAUAUUAGAAUAAAAUAAUAAAAUUGAAUAAACUAUCAAAUUUAAUUUUAAUGACUUUGUUACUAUUAUUUUACAUAAUACUUUUAAUAAUAAGACUUUCAAAUGGAAUUAAUUAAAAUCUAUUUAAGAUUACAGAGUUUCUUGGUCAACAUAUCAACCUGAAACUUUAACUAGAAUACCAGUGUAUAGUGGUGAAGAUCCUUAAAAAAACCCAGAAAAUGUAUUCUUAAUUAUACCUGUAUGUAUUAAUGGAGUUGGAGUAUCAACAUUUGCAAGAACAUUUUAAUCAUUUUAUUAUCAAACAUAAAUUGUUAGUGAUAUUUAAGAUGCCAAAAUUAGAGACAAUUAUGUUAUUAUAUUAGAACAUAAUCAUACUCCAGAAGAAGCAUAAGUUAUUCUAUCAAAAUGUAGUUAAUUUUACAAUAAAAUUAUACUAUUUCCAUAUUCUAAAAAAUCAUAUAAUGAAUUGAAAUUGCCAUUUUCUUAUGAAUUACUUAUUACAGCCAUGAAAAGAACAUGUACUUCACUUGAAAGAAUUCAAUCUUUUAUUAAAAAGACUAAAACAUUUGAAAACUUUAGAAUUAAUUCUUUAUAAGUAAAUGGACUAAUUGAAUUUCCAUUUGUUGAUGAUGAUCUAUAAAUUGAUCAUGAAUAUAUUGAAGAUGAUUUAUUGGAUUUAUUUGCAAAUGAUUCAAAAAAAAAUCUUAAUUAAUUUUUUAAAAGUCUAAAAGAACUUCAUCUAUAAAAUUAAAAUAAUGAGACUUAUGAUGAAGAAAUAAAAAAUAUCAUUCAUUAAUUAUUCCCAAAAGUUACAAAUAUUACUAAACAUUAACCAAUAAAAGUUGAUGAUGUAAUUAGGAAAGAAAGUGAAGAUCUUGUGAUUCCUGAAAAAAAACAUAAAGUUUAAAAAAAAGAAAAACAUAUUUAAUAUGAUCCGACAUAUUUACCAAAUUCAUUAAGUUUCUAAAUAAAAGGAGGAUUUAAUAUGAGAGAUAGAAUCAAUAAAUGGAUUUUAGAAUGUUUAGUAUAUAUUAUUUAUUUAUUUUUUAGAAUGCUGGUAAUGCUAAUUUUAAAAAUGAUGAAACUUACUCUAAAAUUAUUAAUAUUUAUUAAAAAUAAACUUUUGAAAAUGGUGAAUAGCAUUUCAUUCCAGAGAAAGAUCUUAGAUUAGAAUUAUUAACAAUCAAUUAAAAUGAUCAAAGUGUUAGAGAAUUACCAUAUUUUAAAGAUUUUGUAUAAGAUAAAGAAGCUGAAAUAUUUAUUAAAACCUUAUUUGUUAGUUUUGAUGGAUUAAUUGCUGCACUUGCUCAUUAAUCAUCAUUACAAUGUUAAAGUCCAUAUCCUCAUAUUCCAUUUUAUUAUAAAAAUUUGAAAGUAAGAGAUAGUUUAUCAAUAAUAUCUUAAACGAUUUUAUAAAAUAAAAUCUUAAAAUAGGCAUUCAAAGAAGGUUAACUCUCUAAAGUCACAAAUUAACCAAUAUUUGCCUCUGAAGAUAUUAAAUAUAGAAAUAAGACUUAUAGAGUUUAUGUAAUUUCAUUAUAAGAUGGGAUCAAAGUUAAUGCCAUUUCAACAGAUAGAUUAUGAUUUGAG